UAAUUGCGUUGUUGAGCUUUUUCACAAGAGCCCGUUUUCAAUUUGGUCUCUAUCUCUCCAUUCUAGAGAGAGAAGAGUCUCCUGUAGAGAGAGAAAGCAGAAAAGAGAGCUUUCUCUUGUCGUCUUCCUCAAUUGUCGUCCUGCGUUUUGAUUAAACAAACCACACACCAAAUUGUCCACACUUGUGUUUUUGUCUCUUUACAUUUCAUAUAUACAACAAUUAACCAAAAAAUUGAGUUUCAAUUUUCAAAAGUUUGGUUGUCUCAAAUGUCUUCUGAUCUCUUUCUACUUGAUGGGUAUUUCUUAUCUGAUCCAUUCUCACCUUUCACUGACUCACCCCCCAUUGAUAUCAUCCAAACAAUCUCAGACAACAACAACAGCAGCAACCCAAUUCUUCAAAACCCACUUCAUGAAUCCAAUUCUUGGGACCAAAUUGCCCCUUCAAUCUUCUCAUCUUCACCUCCAAGUGACCAAUUGGAAAAUCUCUCACUCUGCCAAACAACCCAUUUGCAAGAUGUUUCAAAUUUCUCUGCUUUGGAAGUGAAAACAGAGGAGUGUCAAUGUCAAGUCCCUCUUCAAUCUCCUUGUGCUUAUGGGUAUCAACAGUCCUUCGGGGCUCACAGCUAUGGAUGUGCUGAGAAUGUUUUGGUGAAGAUGAUGCAGAGGAGCUAUAGCAGCAAUUCUUUUGAUGGAAAGCAACCCAGUCAUCUUCUUCCUUUUCAACCUCGCUUUGAUUCUCUCAUGGAGUCUUCAAUUUUUCAGCCUCAAGUCAUGAGCUCUCCUGAAAACAACUUCUCCACUGGACUUAUCAGAAGGGCUUCCAGCACUGGAGAUUUACAGAAGAUCAAAACAAACCAAGCAAAUCAGAGGUUAUCAUCAAGUCCAUUAGCUACAGAGAGCUCAUUCAUGGAGGAAGCAAAUUUCAAAGUGGGUCGUUACAGUGCAGAGGAAAGAAAAGAGAGAAUUCAUAGGUACAAAGCAAAGCGAACCCAGAGAAACUUCAACAAGACAAUUAAGUAUGCAUGUCGGAAAACACUAGCGGACAAUCGACCUAGGAUACGUGGCAGAUUUGCGCGCAACGAUGAAACCGGAGAGAUUCCUAAAGCUGCAAAUUUGAAUCGAUAUGAAGACGAAGAUGAUUUUUGGAUUGAAGGGUUGAACGAAGAAGAAGAGGAAGGAACAGUGGGAAGAGGACAAUUCUUCAACAUUUCUGGUCCGACCCAGCCUCAGUACCAUGGCUAUUAUUGAACAUAUAUAAUUGAUGAAGCAAUGAACCCUAUUAUAUAUAUUAUUCUGGAGUUCUAAAAAAAAAACAGAAAAAAAAAAGAAGGGUCUAUUAGGAUGUAUAGGGCUGGACCACAUGGGUCAUGAAUAUAGCCUUUUCUGAGCCAAAAAAAAAAAAUCAGAAGGAUUGAUUAAUGUCUGCCUGAAUAACAGAAUAAUAAAUGUAAGUGAUGAGUUUGUAACUUUUUUUUAGCACUAGAAGCUGUGGUUUUUUAUGAUUCAAAAAAGCCUCAACCUUGUGGCACUCUUUGCAUUU